GAAAUGGUUCAUACUGUCAUAACAAGAGAAGAAAAUAAAUAAUACAUGUUGUAAUUUGUCUCAAUAUUACUAUUAUUUAAAUAUUAUGUCGAAUUUCAAAACUACUUACCUGGUGGUAGGUGGAGGCAUUGCCGGUGUAACUUGUGUUGAAACCUUAGCUAUACUUCAUCCUGAAGAAAGUGUGAUUUUAAUCACAGCAUCAUCGUUAGUUAAAAAUGUAAGCAACGUAAGUUUUUUUGGAAAAACUAUAGUGAAAUUUGAUGUCAAUGAAACUGAAGCAACCUCUUUGCAGAGAAUACACCCAAAUCUUACUAUUAUAUAUGAUUCCCUAAAACACAUUGAUACAGUUAAUAAACUGGUGACUACCGAUCAGGGCACAAUAGUUCAGUAUAAUGUCAUAUGCAUUUGUACUGGCGGAAUACCAAAGCUUAUUUCAAACGCGAAUAAAUGUAAAAGGAUUCUUGGUAUUAGAGACACAGAGUCUGUACAAGAAUUUCAAAAUAAACUUAAAUUGGGCCGCAGAAUGCUCAUAGUUGGCAAUGGUGGUAUUGCCUCAGAAAUUGUGCAUGCAACAAGAGGAAUACAAAAAGUUUGGGUUAUAAGAGAUGAUUAUAUAUCAGCAACAUUUAUAGACCCUGGAGCUGCUGAGUUUUUUCAAGAUGCAAUAAAAAACAAAUCUACAAAAGCAAGUCCUGCAAAUACUGUAUUAAAAAGACAUAUUUUUACAGAAGAAGAUACUUUAGUUUCCUUAAAUAAAGAUUUAAAAUCGGCGGCAUUAGGGCCUGAUUGGUAUCGUAAACUAGAAAAUAUAAGAAAUGAGACUGGUGAACAAGAACUUGAAAUUAUAUACAAAGUUGAAGUGGUAUCUGUAAUAGAAAUAGAUGCAGAAUAUCCAUUGGAAGUGGAACUUACAAAUGGACGCAAAGUCCAUUGUGAUUUUGUGAUAUCUGCAACUGGAGUCAUUCCAGCAAUUAAUUACAGUUGGGACAGUAAACCUGCGAUAGAUUUGGAUGGAGGUCUUUCUGUAAAUGAAUUUCAAGAGACAACAAUAAGAGAUGUUUUUGCUGCUGGGGAUGUGGCACAUGCAGCUUGGAAACAUGCUGCUCAUUGGUUUCAAUUAAGAUUGUGGACUCAGGCACGACAAAUGGCUAGCAUGGCUGCAAAAGCCAUGCAUGCUAGAAUUACACAUCAAGAAGUUUUGCAAGAUUUUUGUUUUGAAUUAUUCACACAUUGUACUACUCUUUUUGGAUAUAGAGUAGUUUUGUUAGGAAAAUAUAAUGGUCAAGGAUUAGGGAACAAAUAUGAAAUUCUUUUAAGAACUACACCUCAACUUGAAUAUAUAAAGUUUGUAUUACAGGAUGGUAGAUUACAAGGUGCAAUACUAAUUGGUGAGACUGAUUUAGAAGAAAUGUGUGAAAACCUUAUUCUUGAUCAAAUUGAUUUGUCACCAUUUGGUGAUGACAUAUUAAAUCCUGAUAUUGAUAUUGAUGAUUAUUUUGAUUAAGUAUAAUACACUUAUUUUGAAUUUGUUAUUAGUUCUCUAAGAUAUAUAUGUACGGUUCUUAUUAUUUUAUCAUUGUUGUUAAAGCCUAUGUGCCUGUUACUAUUAUUUUUGUUUUAUUGCAUAAUGAACAUUUGUGAUAUGUCAUUUUAGGCAGACACCAUUAUGUAUGUAUAUACCUAUUAUAUAUUUUUGUUUUUCUUCUAAAUUAUUCGUCAUUACAUUAUCAUUGUUCAUAUAUUAAAAUUUGUAAAAACCUGAUUAAAUCAUCUUAAUUAACUAAAAGCUACACAAUUGUAAAUAAUGGUAAUUUGCCUGUUUAAAAGAAAAUGGGGUUUCAGUUGAAUAGAAAAUUGGGUAUUUUUUUGUUAAAAUUAUCACAAUAACACUUUCUGAAAAUCUUUCAGAAAUUUGUAACAAUUGGAAAUAUUUAAUUAUUAAUCCAUUUUUAAUAAAGUAUAAUAGUUAAUUCAUUUUUUAUUUGUACAACUGUUGGACAUUGGCAGAAUGCCUUAUGAUAAAAUCAACUAUUUGUUUGUUUACAUAUCUGACUUUAGCCAUGCUAUUUAUGUCUAGCUUCUGGCCUAUAAUGAGCUAUCUAUUAUGCAAUAUAUCCUGUUUGAAUAUUAUUAUUGUAUAAUACUGAUAUUUUAUAAUAUAAAUAAUUUAUUUUAAAUAUAUGAAGGCAACACAAUUGCAUGUAAAUAGUAGGUACUUUUAUACCUGAUUUUUAUUACCAAUAUUUUGUUGUGCAUUGCAUAAUUAAUAUACUUAAAGUCACAUAAUCAUUUGUUUAAAUUAAUAAUAACUGUAAACUAUGGGUAUAUACCUAAAAAUAAUAGAUUUAUUAUUAUUUUUAUUAAAUGCAGUGUGAGUGUGGUAUGUUGUUAAAAAUAGAAAAUAAAACUAAGAAAAUGAAGGACAA